AUGUCUCUCUCCUCCCUCUCGGCGGCCUUCCGCUGCCUCUCCUUCACACCCCGACGAGCUUUCUCAACAACACUGCCCGCGCAGACCACCAAACAACUCCCCGAACACAUCCCUCCCUACCCCUAUGGACCCAAUCUCUGGUACAAGCAAUCCAACACCGGUCUGUACGGCGGCGCGAUGAUCCAAUUCGGCAACAAGAUCUCCAAGGGUCGCAACAAGGGCAAGACGCGACGGUCCUGGAAACCCAACGUCCGCCGGAAGAAGUUCUACAGCGAUGCCCUGGAAGAACACCUCUUUAUCAAGGUCACGCGGCGCGCACUGCGCACAAUCUACAAGGCCGGCAGUCUGGACAACUAUCUGUUGGAUGACCGGCCAGCCCGGAUUAAGGAAAUGGGGAUCUUCGGGUGGGAAUUGCGGUGGAAGAUUAUGCAGACGCCCAAGAUCCAGGAGCAAUUUAAGGAACAGCGGAAAAAGUUGGGGCUUCCGGAACCACUGUCGUUGGAGGAAUGGAUGAAGGCGAAGGAGGAGGAGAUCCAGGAGCAGGUCGACAAGUAUCUGGAUAUCAAGGAGCUCACGAAGCCGACGGUGAAGAAUGCCAACUCGGUCCGCAGGGAGGACUAG